AUGAAUGGAGUCGUUUUCAUCACUUUUAUUUUGUUCUCCGCUGCGACCGCAAAUUCUCCUGUUUAUUAUGGACAAGUUGAAGAAAACGCACCGGUCGGGACUGUAGUAGCUGGAUUAGUUUUGCCUUUUGGAAAGGGGUGCAAUGAUUCGAGCUCUGAUAAACUUAAAAGCACUUUGCAUGGACAAAACGCGUCUGAUUUCUCUCUUGUCUAUUCAUCAGAAACAGGACUUUUUCUGAAAACCGCAAAAAGUUUGGACAGGGAGCUGAAAUCGAGGUAUUUGGUGAAGGCGUAUUUGCCGUCGUGCGCCCUAAACGAAGUGGACAUAGAGAUUAAAGUCUUGGAUCGCAAUGACAACCCACCACAGUUUAUUACAACUAAACAAAUAAUAGAAAUUAAUGCAUUGACGCCAAUAAAAACUGAGCUGCUCCGCUUAAGGGCACAAGACGCAGAUUCUGGGGAAAACGGCGCAAUCAGGUUCUAUACAUCUCCAAACCCGAACAUACACAUAGUUCCUAAAACCGGACAAAUUCUGCUGGUCCGAUCUCUUCCAGCACCUACUAUCCUGGAUGUUUCUGUACACGCGAGAGAUAACGGAGAUCCAGCACUGCAGAGCGAUCAGAUCCAACUCCGCAUCUCAGUCAGAAGCGCACCACUGACAGCGAAAAUCAGGAGAUCAAGAGCUGUUUCUGAGGAGCAUUACUAUACAGUCACCCUGUCCGAACAUACCAGAGUCGGGAAUGUGAUUUUCAACGUUCCUGAUCAGAAGUUUGAGGAGAAGCGCUUUGAGGUCGUGUCAGUGGAAGUGGGUUCUCCAGUGCGUCUGGAUCGGGAAACAGGACGAGUUUACUUAACGCACGAGCUCACGUCCUCCACAGAGGUGGUGGUGAAGGUCCAGAAUGCAAGAGGUAAUGAGUGGUACCUGUGCAAGCUGGCUGUCACUCUUCCUGGCAUGUCAGACCUGCAGUGGGCAAUGUUUCCCAAGCCAUAUCUGGCCACAGUGGCACCUGACGCUGCACCAGGCUCUGUGGCUUAUAAACUGGUCGCACGACGAAGGGAUAACUUUUUUGGAGCGGCACAGUUCCUCUUGCUUGAUGGUGGAGAGGACCGUUUUGAGGUGGACAAAAGCUCAGGUGAGAUAAGGACCUCGGGACGUUCUUUGAGUCCUGGUAAAGAAUACAGACUGACUGUCCAGGCUGUGGACACUCAAGGCAGGAAAGGUCCCUUUGCCUCGGUGUCCAUACUGGCUGGUUUUCGUCCCCCUCAGUUCACCAACUCCACCUACUCCAUCUACGUCCCCGAGAGCACAGGAGUGGGUCAAGUGGUAUCUGUAGUUCAAGCUAUCUCAUUCCAGAGGAAGACUCUGUCCUACAUUCUGUUGGUGAACUCAGGUAACCUGUUCAGUAUAAAUCAGGAGAGCGGGGCUCUGAGUCUGACCCACACGGUGGACUACGAGAGUGGACCUCACCUCCAUCAUCUGCAAGUCAGAGCCUCUGAAUCAGACACUGGACUUAGCAGUGUAGUAGAGAUAGCAGUACAUAUUACAGAUGAGAAUGACUGCACUCCUGAGUUCAUGCACUCCAUCUACAGCAGAGACAAUAUCCCCGAGACCACUCCACCUGGAACCUCUUUACUGCAGGUCUUGGCGAGGGACUGUGAUACUGGUGUGAACUCAGAAAUCUCCUACUUUAUCCAGAGUCUAGAUUUUUCCAUCUCAUCUCAAGGUGUGGUAAGCCCAAGCAGGCAGCUUGACUAUGAGAGACCCAAUCAUAUGUACGAGUGUGUGGUGGUGGCUGUGGACAAGGGCACACCACCCCGAACAGGUACCGCCUCCAUCCGCAUCCGUAUGGCCAACGUCAACGAUGAGGUUCCUGUCUUCACCCAGACUGUUUAUAAGACCUUUCUGUCAGAGGAUGCUGGCCCUGAGACUCUGGUGGCCACUGUGCAUGCCAAGGACCCAGAUGGGGAUGGUGUGACUUAUGCCAUCACUGGGGGAAAUGAGAACAGCAACUUUGAGCUUGACAACCAGAAGGGCAUCAUCAAACUGCGUCGCAGUCCUCCUCCUAAACUUCACGGCCCUCAGUAUGUCCUCAACAUUACAGCAACAGAUGACAAUGCAGCCGGCGGGCCGCUUCCCCUCAGUAGCUCUGCUCAGGUUAUUGUUGGCAUCAAUGACAUCAACAACAACAAGCCUGUAUUUGAUGAGUGUCACGAUUACAGCCUGAACGCUCUGGUGUUCGAGAACCAACCGCCAGGUACAGAGGUUUUGCGCGUCCAAGCUCACGAUGCUGACACGGGGGUCAAUGGAGAGGUCAAGUAUGGGAUCAUGCAGCGAGACGGAGCCUCACCAGGCUUCACCAUCAACCCAGACACAGGGGUGAUUAGCACAGUGGUGACUUUCGACCGGGAAAAGCAAAGAGAGUACACAUUGUCCAUCACCGCCACAGACCAGGCUGCUGAGCCUCUCAUUGGCAUCUGUAGGAUCACCAUCCUCAUCGCAGACCAAAAUGAUAAUGACCCCAAGUUCGAGAACAGCCGCUACCAGUACUUCCUGAGAGAGGACACCCCAGUGGGCACCAGCUUUCUACGAGCAGCAGCACACGAUGAUGACCAGGGCACCAAUGCUGCCAUCAUGUACUCUCUGUCGAGUCAAAACCCAGCAUACUUUCACAUCAACCCCAGCACGGGAUGGGUCUACGUUAAUCAGCCUAUAUCUCAGACCUCACGGAUCAGUCAGAAAAUCAUUGCUUCAGAUGGCGGAAACCAUAGCAGCUCAGUGGACCUUACCGUCAUCAUCACCAACAUGCACAACCAGCCACCACAGUGGGAACAGGCUGAGUACUGGGUCACUAUUCCUGAAAACACCAUCCGGGACACCAAGAUAGUAACAAUAAAAGCGACAUCCCCUCUCGGUGACCCCCGUGUGACCUAUAACCUAGAGGAGGGUCAGGUUCCUGAGACGAAUAUGCCUGUGCGUUUCUACAUCAAACCCAACCGAAGAGACGGAUCAGCCUCCAUCCUGGUAGCAGAGCCUUUGGACUACGAGACCACUCGCUUCUUCACCCUGAGAGUCCGUGUGCAGAAUGUAGCAGCAGUUCCGCUUGCUUCUUUUACUACUGUCUACGUCAACCUCACUGAUGUAAAUGACAAUGUUCCAUUCUUCAUGUCGAGCACAUAUGAAGCCACAGUACCUGAGGGGGCUGAGAUUGGCACUUCAGUGGCCCAGGUAGCAGCUUCUGACCUGGACUCUGGUCUCCAUGGCAUGAUUAAUUACAUCAUUCUUAAGGACCAGAGUGGAGACUCUCAGUUCUUUAGCAUACACCCAUACACCGGUGUUAUCCAAACACAGGCUACAUUUGACCGCGAGCAGAAAAGCUCCUACCUGAUUGAGGUUCAGUCACAGGACAGCUCGGAGUCAGCUCGGCCUGGGCAGCAGGGUCAGCCAAACACAGACACCGCCUAUGUGAGAAUUUUUGUCACAGAUGUAAAUGACAAUGCUCCAGCCUUCUCUCAGCCGGUAUAUGAGAUCAGUGUGGAGGAGGACAAGGAAGUGGGUUACGUAGUCAUUACCGUCACUGCUAAUGAUGAAGAUGAAGGUGCCAAUGCUAAGCUGCGCUACCAGAUUACUUCAGGGAACACUAUGGGCACCUUUGAUGUUGAGCCAGAGGUUGGUACUAUCUUCAUUGCCCAGCGGUUGGACUAUGAGAAGGUGCAGCGCUAUGAGUUACGGCUGGUGGCAUCAGAUGGAAAGUGGGAGAACCAGACAGUGGUGAUCGUUAACAUUAUCAACCAAAAUGAUGAAGCACCCAUCUUUAGCCAGACGGAGUACCAUACCAGUGUCUUGGAGGAACUGACUGAACUGCCUGUUCUCGUGCUAGAGGUGUCAGCCACGGAUCCAGAUCAGGAGGCAGACCAGAGUGCAUUAAGAUACUCGUUGCAUGGACAGGGUGCUGGAAGCGAGUUUACCAUCGAGGAGCUCAGUGGAAGAAUAUAUGUUCAAAAGUGCCUUAAUCGUGAAGAACGUUCAGCCUGGAGAUUUCUGGUGUUGGCCACUGAUGAAAACGGCGAUGGUCUGACUGGCUUUGCUGAUGUACUGGUGGAGGUUCGGGACAUAAAUGACAACGCACCCCAAUUUAUUUGCGCCUUCGAGGGAUGCUUUGUUGGCUAUGUUCCUGAGAACUCUCCAGCUGAAACCUCCAUCAUGGAGAUGCAGGCCACUGACCUGGAUGAUCCUAAAGCUGGCAGGAACGCUGUCCUUACAUACAGGAUUGUCCAGAAUGUCCGUAAUGAAAUCAAUCUGGACCUUUUUUCAAUCAAUCCUGCAACGGGCACCAUCUAUACAGUGCUGCGUUCCCUGGACAGGGAGGUGGAGGACCGUUACUUGGUUGUCGUAGAGGCAAAGGAUGGAGGAGGCCUGUCCGGGACUGGAACAGCCACCAUUGUGGUUUCCGAUGUGAAUGAUCACCCGCCAGUAUUCACGCAAAAACUCUACUUGGCCUCCAUGGCAGAAGACUUGGAUAUAAACAGUGAAGUCCUGGCAGUGACUGCUAUAGAUGGGGACGAGGGAGAGAACUCCGUGAUGACCUUCAGCAUCGUAGGUGGAGAUGAAGAUCGCAAGUUCUUUAUCGAGACAGACAAAAAGAACAGGCAGGGUAUAGUGCGUCUGAAGAAGAAGAUUGAUUUUGAGAAGCCGCAUGAGCGCACCUUUAAUCUGACUGUUAAAGUUGAGGAUGCAGAAUUUUUUAGUCUGUCUUACUGUGUCAUCCAGGUGGAGGAUUCCAACGACCACACGCCUGUCUUCUAUCCCCAGUUCUAUGAUGCAGGGUCCAUGUUUGAGGAUGUGCCAGCAGGUACCAUUGUGACCCAGGUGACUGCCAUGGACCUUGACUCUGGCCAGAAUGGAAAGUUUUUAUACAGUAUUUCCCAAGAGUCAGACCCCUUUCAUCAGUUUUUAGUAGAUAGAAAUGGCUGGGUGAUAGUAGCAGAGUCUUUGGAUCGUGAAAAGGUCUCUCAGCACAGCCUGAUUAUCCUGGCCACAGACAUGGGUACCCCUGCUCUCACCGGUUCUGCUAUUGUCCUCCUGUCUGUGCAGGAUAUUAACGAUAAUGGACCUGAGUUUGAGGCCCCAUAUCAACCGAUUGUUUGGGAAAACGCCGCUGCACCACAGGUUGUCCGUAUGAAUGACACUUCCAUUCUGCUUCAUGCUGUAGACAGAGAUACCUCCACUAAUGGAGGGCCUUUUUCCAUCCGGCUGCUGAUGCUUACCUCAGAUGCCACAAACUUCAACCUGACUGACUUGCGAAAUGGCAGCGCCAUGAUAGCAGCCCUACGGUCCUUUGAUCGGGAGCAGCAGAAGCAGUACCUCCUGCCGAUUCUUAUGAUUGACAGCGGUUCUCCUCCAAUGAGCUCUACGAAUACACUGACAGUUAUAAUUGGGGAUAGAAAUGACCACCCUCAUGCACCUGGACACUCAGAGUAUAUAGUUUAUAGCUAUGAAGGUACACUCCCUUCCACUGUACUUGGACAGGUCCAGUCCCCUGACCUUGAUGACUGGAGUGAAAAGGUUUACAGAUUUGAAGACACCAGCCCCAGGCAUUUCACCCUGAACCAGAGCUCUGGUCAACUGAGCAUAAAGAGCGGUACACCGGCAGGCGUGUACAGGCUGCAGGUGCGAGUGGCAGAUAAGACUUGGCCUGAUGUCACCUCCUCAGUGCAGAUCACGGUCAGGGAACUGAAGGAAGAGGCGCUGCUCAAUGCUGGUUCACUCCGAAUAUCCAAUCUAACAGCGGAUGAGUUAUUCCGGUCUUCUAAUGGUGAAGAGAGUCUCUACCAGCGUCUGCAGCAUCUGCUUUCUAUGUACCUGCAGACAGAUCUGGAGAAUGUACACAUCUUCAGCCUUGCUAACAGCAGCCAUCCCACCCAGAAACACCUUAACCUGUGGUUUGCUGCUCAUGGCUCUCCCUACUACAAACCUGAAAAACUCCAUGGUGCUGUGGCUAUGCACAAGUCCAAGCUGGAGUCCACAUUGGGUGUGAGCAUACUGCAAGUGGGUGUGGACGAGUGUGCCUACACGGACUGCAGUUCUGCAGGUGGCUGUUCCAGCAGGGUGGUGUUUGGUGACACCCCUUCAGUUCUGAACGGUGGUAAUGUUUCACUAGUGUCUGUCUCAGCCACAGUUACAGCUCAGUGUGGCUGCUUAGUAAGAGAGAAACAGCACCUGUCCUGCUCCUCCUACCCCCGCAACCCCUGUUUCAAUGGAGGCACCUGCCUGGAUACAGACAUGGGCUACAGGUGUAAAUGUCCACCCAUGUUUGAUGGUCCAGAGUGCCAGCAGACUAAGCACACAUUUCUGGGAGAUGGCUAUGCCUGGUUUUCACCCAUUAAGCCCUGCUUCACAAGCCACAUCUCUGUGGAGUUCAUUACAGAGGCAAGUGAUGGCCUGCUGCUGUACAACGGCCCUCUCAGCACCCCCCAGCCUGGAGACAAGCAAGACUUCAUAGCACUAGAGCUGAAGAAUGGUGUUCCGGUGCUGAGUAUUAAUCAUGGAUCAGGCAUUUGUGUACUGCAGCUUCCACCACAAGCCUCAGUGUCCGAUCGUCGCUGGCACCGCCUCGAUAUUAUCAGCGAUGGAAAGGAAGUCCAGCUAAUUCUCGAUCACUGCUCUGGAGCCAUAGUAAACGAUGUGAAGGGUUUGGGAGCUGAUGCCACUGUAACAGACCAGUCAGUGUGUAAGGUGUCUGCAGCCACUCCGGGUUCUGAGAGAUUUCUGAAUGUGGAUCAGCCUCUACAGUUAGGUGGAGUAAAAGGAUCACAUACAUCGUGGCACGCGCAUUAUCACUACAAAGGCUUUGUGGGCUGUAUCAGAAACCUGGUGGUCGACAGUCAGGUGUAUGACCUGGCCAGUCCAGCUGAGAGUGAGAACAGUGCCCCAGGGUGCAGUCUCACGGAUGGAGUGUGUAUAACGACAGGAGGGCCCUCUUGUGGCGUGCAUGGGAAAUGCAGGGGAGAGUGGGGUUCCUUCAGCUGUGACUGCCAUCCAGGAUACACCGGACACAAGUGUGACAAGGCUCUUUCUGAAUGGUCAUUUCAGAAGGACAGCAUGCUCAGGUACCAGCUGAGAAGAGGAUUGAAUCCACGCAAGACAUACGUACAGCUCCUCAUCAGAACCCGCACUUCCUCAGGCAGUCUGCUCAGCAUGAGCUCUCGAGAUGCUAAUGAGUUUAUCAUACUGGAGAUUAUCGAAGGCUAUUUGAGUGUCAGUGCCCACUUGGGUGAUGGUACUCACACACUUAAACUGGCAAGUCAACGUGUGGACCACGGCCAGUGGGUCCUGAUAAGCCUCCAGCGGCAUGACAACAUGUUCACCCUGCAGCUGGAGCAGGGUGGGGGGUCACGAGAGGUCACCGGGCUGCUGGGUAAUGAACUUGUGAUAGUGGUCCAUUCCUCCAGCAUACUGUUGGGAAAUGGUGCUUCACACAUUGCACAGGGAGACUUUCAAGGCUGUAUGCGUGACGUGAGGCUGAAUGGUCACUCUCUGCCGCUGGACGGUCAGAGCAGUGAGUUUGCCACUGUGCUGGAACGGCAUAAGGUGCAGGCGGGAUGCCACUCUGAUGCCUGUCAGGCCAAGCCAUGCCAGAAGCCACUGCACUGCAUGGACCUGUGGAGGAAACACGAGUGCAGGUGCCCGCCGGGUCAGUUGGCUGUGGUGGAUGAAGUCACAGGGCUUGUGAGCUGUGCCAUAUCUCCUUGUGCCACCUCAACAUGUCAUAAUGGUGGCACGUGUCUGGCACACUCCACCAAGAGCUACCAGUGUCAGUGCCCAGAGGGUUUCAGAGGCCAGUGGUGUGAGAUCAGCCAAGUUAAAACACAGCGUUUUGCUGCCCUGAGCCCAAGCUCCAUCCUUGCUAUCAGCAUGUGCCUGCUGGUCUUCUUUGCUGUGCUGGUGGCAGUGACUGUAUGGAACCAGAAGGGCAGUGAUAGGUUUAAGAAGCGUGGAGUGUACCACAUCCCAGCUGAGCAUGAGAGCUGGGAGGACAUCCGAGAGAACAUCCUUAACUACAAUGAGGAGGGUGGAGGAGAGCAGGACCAGAAUGGGUAUGACAUUACGGAGCUGAAGAGGCCGUUCUGCUCCAGCUUGUCACAGUCGUCCUCCUGUACCACAGCGCCCCUCAUUAAAUCCUCCCAGGGCUCUGAAGAAGAGGUGCACCCCGGUGGAGUCCCCCACACCCACCAACACAGCCCCAGCACCACUUCUCCCUGCUCUGUGGACUUCAAGAACUAUGUGGCGCGCAUCAUCUGGGAGGCAGACAACGACAACCUGGCAUUUCCAAUGGACACAUACCACGUGUACUGCAUCGAAGGUGCAGGUUCGAAUGUGGGCAGCCUUAGCUCUCUGAGCUCAGCCAUCCCAGAAGAGGACUUCAGCUAUGAUUCUCUGCAGCAUUGGGGACCUAAAUUUAAAGGUCUUAGGGAGUUGUAUCGGAGGCCUGAGCUUGGCUUUACUUACACGGACGUUGUACAGAGCAAUAGCCAGAGCUAGCUUCAGAUGAACAUCAGUGAAAUGCCAACCUGCCAGCUUGGUGUAUAAGUUGUUUACUAAGUUACAGCAUUUACAGACAGGUGACAAUUUAAAUGGAAAAACUAAAUAA